CUGGUCACAACAGAGAUGGCGGCUGCAGAGAAGGCGCAAAGCGUCGAAGUUUGUGUGUUUUUACUUGUUCUUAUUGUUAGUUCGUGUCAGAGUUUGUUUUACGGAGGAAAGACGUUCAAAAGAGAGCUGUCGGUGCAGUUGAACCCUGACGCGAGCCCGUCUCCUUCUGGUUUUGACCUGCUCCACGUGAGAGCCGUGGGACAAAACGACACGUUGCACUACCUGUUCUGCAGCCAAGGGGCGCCGACACUGCUGCUCGUCCACACAAACUCCAUUUCUUCUACCGUCAAGGUCAACUGGACUCAGUUUUCGGCUCCUAAUAGCAGCGGCGGCCUGACGGUGGAGCCACAGAGCAGCAUCCUCUACAGCUCCGCCGUCGUCUUCAGUCGGCUUUGGGAGUACGAUGACGUGAACGACACGGCUGAGGCGACAUCUGAAUUUUUCCCUCCGUACGAGCUGCAGGACUUCAGCUGGGCUCACCUCAACCUGUCGGGCACAACUUCUCUGCUCUGUGGAACCCCACCAAACACCAUUAACGGAUCGCUCUGCCUGCAGUUAACAGCGUUUGACUCAGAGGGGCGUGUUGAGUUAUGGCCACGCCUCCUACAUUCUGCUAACUCCUCCCAGUUGGAGGUUUGGCUUGAUGGCUUGUUGCCACGGGGAAAUCAUUCCAGGUUUAUGUUGGAGCUGCAGGCGGUGGGCGGGGCUUAUCCUCUGAGCAGAGUGGACGGUCGCCAGUUCAUUGAUGACGAGUUCACACCGUCAAUAUUCAAGAUGUUUCAGUGGGUCUCAUCGAUGAAUGGCAGCUCAGACAUCCUGGGUUUUGUCCAGUGGAAGCCCGUGGCGUACCGCAAGUCCCAUCCGUUGCUGGAGGAUGCAACGCCAUGCCGUCACUCUGACCCACGGUCGCAGAGCGGAAAGGAAACGGCAGCUUCAUCCGGUCUGAUUCGUGCCUUCUACUUGGAUCCAGCAGUCGUGGGACUGAACGUGAGCUUCGGUCUCGCAGGAGAACCUUUCUACAACAAAACCAUGUUCCUCAGCUGGACGAUGCUGGUGGGUGUCGGCGCUCCUCCAGUCGACUCGUUCUCACCUCUGGUUCUCACCAUCAUGGUGGUGUGUUUAGGGACUCCUGUGAUCCUCCUGCUGCUGGGCGGAGUCUUUGUUUUUCUCUAUAAAAAGAGGCAAGCUGCAACGACGGCCUAUGAGCCAAUUAACUGACAUCUAACUCCUGACCAAUGACAAAUAAUGAGAAUUAAGACUUUUGGAAUUGAAAACAAUUUUUUUAGAGAAACUCGAACAGGUGAAACCACUGAAACAGUCCAGCCAAUCAGGAGGCAAGGAGGUGUUUAUUAAGAGAGUUCAACUUAUUGACUACUUUUAGUUGAUUAAAACUCAGCUCAUUUAUAGUCAUUAGAUCGAAUCAACAGGACUGUCUUUUUUUAAUUAUUAAAAAAAAAAAAAAAAAUUCAGAGCAUGUGAUGUAGAAUUUAUUCUAUUUUUAUUAUAGAAUUUUCAAUUUUAAUGUUCAGUUUCUCAUUUAGACUCAUCU